CCGCCAGUCGCAUCAUGUCGAUGGUAGAUCAUUCCACGCCGUUCCUAGGAGCUUCCACAGCGCUAUCUGCACUGCAAAGCAACUGCAAAGAUGAGAACCAUACUAGUGUCAUAUGGCAAGCGGCUAUCGACAGGUACUACGCCGAGCUCCGAAGGGGAGGCGUCAGAGGCCCUGUGAUCGACCACGAUCUUUGGAGUAUCCACAGUCCUGGUGAUCUCCUGAAGCAAAUAGACAGUCUGGCUCCGCCAAACUCUCGUACGGCGGGGAGCUGGACGCGAUCGUUGCGGCGGCUAGAGGUCCUACUGAGUAUCAAUGAUUUUGUGGCCGUAUUCACGUUGUCGCUCGGUGUGAGAGGUCAGGUUGCAGCUGCUAUAUGGGGCUCAAUCAGAUUGUUCAUGAAAUUUUCCCAACCCGUCCUUCCAGAACUCGUCGACAUGUUCGAGGAAUUGGGCCGUGCUCUGCCCAGGUUCCGCCAAUACGAGCAGGGACUACCAAUGACGCGGACGCUGGAAGAUGCCCUUAUGAAAACAUAUACUGAAGUCAUAGUCUUCUGUGCGCAUUCAGUUGCCUUCUUUCGGAACAACCCCAAUAUCGCCAGAAGUCGAAAUUUGUGGUCCGAGCUUAGCAACGACUUUGCCAAAGUUAUUGCUAACAUACGGCGGUACUCCAGACAGGUCGACGAAACAGCGGAUACGAUACGCCUAGCCAGGGAAAGUCAUACGGCGGACACCAUUGAGGCCUUCAAAAGCUUGGGUCUCGCCGAGUCAAAGAAGGCAAGCAUUCCGUGCUAUAUGAUACCGUACGGCACAAAUUUGAGAAAUUUCGGGAGAUCGUCCGAAAGAGAGAAGCUCAAAAACAUCCUUAGACCCGACGAAAAGCGCGACGAGUUGAGUGUUGUCACCAUAUAUGGCAUUGGAGGUGUAGGGAAAACCCAGGUUGCAUUGGAAUACGCAAACACAUUCAAAGACCAGUACGACAUGGUGGCAUGGAUUCCAGCAGACACGCAGAUAAAAAUCGUCCAAGCUGUGACAAGAUUGGCAACGAAGCUUGGUCUCCCGAAUACCACCGAUGGCGCGGACGACGACUAUCAGUCUGUAACCAAAGUGAAAGACUGGCUCAACACAUCUGACAAGACGUUUCUUCUGGUUUUCGACAAUGUUGAGGAACAUCAACUUUUGGACCAGAUCUGGCCAUCCAGCAAAAGAGGGUCGAUUAUAAUGACAUGCCGGUCCCAGUCGCUCGCCAGCAAGCGUGCCUGGGAAAUGAUGCAUCUCCAGUGUUUUAGUAUCAGCACAGGCGUCGAGGUGCUUUGUUCACUGACGGGUAGACGUCCAUCAAACGAGUACGAUACAAAGGCGGCUAUGGAAUUGCUCGGCCUUCUCGGGGGCUUUCCUCUUGCCCUAGUCCAUGUCAGCGAAUUUAUGACUGACCGGAGCUACUCAUAUGAAGAGUUUCUACCUCUUUACAAGAAGUCAGCUUCCAAAAUCUACACCAGGGCGGGAGCACCACUGCAUUAUGAGCAUACGCUGAGCACAGUCUGGGACAAUGCUAUACGGAGUCUUUCAACCGAAUCGAAGGCUUUGCUGAAUUUGCUGGCUUUUUUCGACCCCGACCUGAUACCAGAAUUCAUUCUUUCCAACGAAAAAUCCGAGGUUACGGAUCCUAACUUACAGUUCCUUUUUGAUGAAUUUGAUUUCGGAGAGGCAGUCAUUGGCCUGACGAAGGCUUCGUUGGCUCAUCGUCUAUCCUCGCACCAAGCCUUAUCAGUCCAUCGCUUAGUGCAGUUUGCCAUCCUUUCGGGACUAACAGACGAAGAAAAGCAGAAAUACCACAAUUGCGCAGCCAACCUACUCUCCUGUAGCUUCCCGAAUGUGUGGGAUGAAAGAUCACACGAACAAGGGCAUAGUUGGGCGUCCUGGGAAUCAUGCGGUGCAAUGUUACCUCAUAUCAGCCAUCUUAUGGAGCUGACCGAGGAACACUCGCUCAAAUCAAGCAACAUGGACGACCGUUUUUCGGAAUUGGUACUCCGUGCCGGAACAUAGAUACCUUUGGGAAAGUAUGAGAUCAAUAACAAUCAUGACAACCAAGAGUGAGUUAAGAAGAUAGUAUGGAAUUGGCAAAACAGUGAUUGAAUUUUCAGAUCCUGCUUGAUAGUCAGGUGAGAAACAUUCGCCAUCCUUCCUGCUAUGGCUGUGGCAAUAAAUCACUAUAAGAUUUUUACAAUGUUGGGUAUAUCAGUAGGUUAAGC